AUGCAGAAACCGGAGUGGAUCGCCGAAAUACAGCAAUUCGGAACGUUUGAUCAAGCAUGGAAGUUCCUUCCAGGGACAACAGGUCUUUCGCGUGAGGAAAUGGGAGCGUUGUUUGACGAUAGCGUGGUGACUCACAUGACCGCCGACGGCCACGGUCUGGUCGAAGUUGACGCCAUGGCUGAGUUCAAGGGAGCAGUGUUCGCGACUGGGGUGGAGCAUGCAGGCGGUUACGGCGAUGAGAAGGUCGGGACUCAUCGGGCCACAGAGCUGAAUAAUUCGAAUCAGUCUGAUCUGUGA